UGUCAUUAUACAUUUGCGUCUAAAGAAAUAAGUAGUCUGUGGUUUAGUAAAAUCUGUACAAUUUUGUUUUGGCUCUCAUAAAACCAUACAUGCACCAACUUAUUUUUGUACAAUUGUAGGCAGAUGGCAUCAGCUAAAUAUCCAGUUCUGCUCUUGUGAAGAGGAGGUGGUAACAAUGAUAAAAUUGAAGUUGUGGCCAGCUACAGCUAAGCAAGUAAAGGUUGCUUUUGCAAUAGAACUGAUGAAGUGGAUGGAAAUAUUGCUUCUAGAAUGCAAAGUUUCCACAAAGGGAUUCUGUGAAGCUUUAAUAAUACGGAAUGAUCUACAGCCUUUUCAGGCGAAUCAUUUGAAGGAGUUAAUCCGUAAGGAGACUGUUUGUGAAUUCAGGCAUUCCUAUUACAAACUGGGAAACUUUAAUAAAUUGGAUGAUGGUACUGUAUGCCCUGCCUGUCCUAAGGGUAGUGGAACAAGAUUUGUUGCCAUAGAUGCAAAUUUUGGCCCUGCAGAAGCCAUUGUUGAAAGAUUUUUUAUAACAGAUGAAGAAGUCAGUAAUUUUGUGAAUUCAUACAAUGACUCAACAACAGGCUUUAAGGAAUGUAAUCAGUUCAAGGCAGGUGACAAAGUACGUUCAAAAUCAAGAACUUCCAAAAUGGAUGUGACUGGUGUAUUUGGAAGCGUCUGCAGACACGAAUUACCAGUAUUGUUCAUGAAUAUGCAACAUGGAGAGAGGUUGGCCUACUCAGUGCUACUCCUGGAUAAAUUGUUAAAUGUACCUGCCUCCAAAGACCAAAAGUUAAAUGUAACAUAUGACAUUGCCUGUGUUCUGUUUUCACACCUAAAGAUUCGAAACCAAGAUGAUAUGCUUGCCAAGAUGCAGAUGAAAAUACCAAUCUUACAUUGCUACGGCCACCAGGCUUCCUGUCAGGUGGAGUUUAAUCCAAGAAGAACCACAGGAUUUGGGCUGACCGAUGGUGAAGGUAUUGAAAGAUGGUCAUAUCUAAGGUGUUCUGCAAGAAUAACUAAAGAAAUGACACCAUCCCACCGAGUAGAUUUACUAACUGAUGCCCUGCUUCAUUAUGCUAAGCGGAAAGAGAGAAACAUUGGGAAGGUUCUUGUGCAGAAGCAUAGUAAAGCAGUAUCUAUUUUGAAGAAUACUGAGAAGGAGAUUGGUGAUAAAAUCAGGCUCAUCAAUAAAGUCAUUACAGAAGAGACAAUUCAAGAAUGGAAGAUUGAAGAAAAGGCUACUUUGUGCUCCAAGGCUAAGCCUGUUAAAGCUAUGGGAAGAGGUUUAUGUUGAACAGCUGCAGAGACUGAAUUCAUUCAGGGAGUGUAUACAAGAAGACAAGGAUCCAGAUUUAAUUGAGCAGUAUACUAGACUACAGAAAUCUGUUGCAUGUUUAGAGAAAGCAAAGGGAAUCAGCAAAAGAUGGCACAAAGAUGAGUUAAAAUAUAUAUCUGCGAAUGAUGUCCUUCAAAGAAGGUGCCA